CUGAUGAGAGGACCAGUGGAGGCACCUCUCGGAGUCUUAGACUUAAGAGUCUGAGACUUAGCGAGAGGAGCCCAGAGGAGACAACCCUUCUCUGUCCUUUUACCUAUCCCUUUCUUUUACUUACAGACGCAAGCUGAGGCGCGGAGCUGUAGAAAGUUCGUAGUGGUCGGGAAGCUGUUCUUGCGCAGUGGGGCCACUCUCUGCAGAGCCAGAGGGUGAGUCGGCUUCCCAUUGAGCACCUAGGAGAAUGGAUCGCAGGUCCCGGGCUCAGCAGUGGCGCCGAGCUCGCCAUAAUUACAACGACCUGUGCCCCCCCAUCGGCCGCCGGGCCGCCACCGCGCUCCUCUGGCUCUCCUGCUCCAUCGCUCUCCUCCGCGCCCUAGCCACUUCCAACGCCCGUGCCCAGCAGCGUGCUGCCCAGCGUCGGAGCUUCCUUAACGCCCACCACCGCUCCGCCGCUGCCGCCGCUGCUGCGCAGGUACUCCCCGAGUCCCCUGAAUCCGAGUCUGACCACGAGCACGAGGAGCCAGCGCCUGAGCUAGCCCGCCCUGAGUGCCUGGAGUACCCUGACACUGACUACGAGACCGAUUCGGAGACCGAGUCCGAGACCGAGACCGAGACUGAGACGGAGACUGAGACGGAGACCGAGUCGGAGACCGAGUCGGAAACUGAGUCCGAGUCUGAUAUCGAGUCCGAGUCCGAAUUAGAGAGCGAAUCUGAUACCGCCCCCGCAACUGAGCCUGAAACCGAGCCCGAGGACGAACGCAGCCCCCGGGGUGCCACCUUCAACCAGUCCCUCACCCAGCGUCUGCACGCUCUGAAGUUGCAGAGCGCCGACGCCUCCCAGAGUCGUUCGCAGCCCACCACUCAGGAGCCCGAGAGCGCAAGCGAGGGGGAGGAGCCCCAGCGCGAGCCCUUAGACGAGGAUCCUCGGGACCCCGAGGAGUCAGAGGAACGCAAGGAGGAGGAGGCCAGGCAGCCCCGCCGCUGCAAGACCAGGAAGCCCGCCCGCCGCCGCGACCAGUCCCCGGAGUCCCCUCCCAGAAAGGGGCCCAUCCCCAUCCGGCGUCACUAAUGGGUGACUCCGUCCAGAUUCUCCUUGUUUUCAUGG